AUGGCAUGGCUGAGGCGGGUGUGACCUCGGGCGCACUCACCCAGCUUCCUGUGCUGCUCGCACGGCCAUCGGUGAACGCGUCGCCGGCCACCGAGAUCGGUCCGCUGGCCAACGCGUCACUGCUGGGUGCCGACCUGGCCCGCGUCUCGCUGCUCGCUCAGGCGCUCAAGAUCGGCGCCAUGACGGCCGUCAUUCUUCUGUCGGUGCUGGGAAAUCUGCUGGUGAUCGUCAGUGUCCUGCUACACCGAAGGAUACGAGUCGUAGCCAACUACUUUGUGAUGUCGCUUGCGUUCGCCGAUAUGCUGGUGGCGCUGUGUGCCAUGACGUUCAACGCCAGCAUCCAAAUCACCGGCCGAUGGAUGUUCGGCUACGUCAUGUGCGACAUGUGGAACUCGUUAGACGUGUUCUUCAGCACGGUCAGCAUCCUGCACUUGUGCUGCAUCAGCGUGGACCGCUACUUCGCCAUCCUGCGGCCGCUCGAGUACCGCACCCACAUGAACAAGCGGACGGUGGCGGCCAUGUUGGUGGCGUCGUGGACCACGCCAGCAGUGAUAUCAUUCCUGCCGAUCUUCCUCGGCUGGUACACGACGUCCGAGCACCUGAGCUACCGCGCGCGCCACCCGGACACUUGUGAGUUCAUCGUCAACGAGGUGUACAUGCUGGUGUCGUCGAGCGUGUCGUUCUGGAUCCCGGGCGUGGUCAUGGUGGUGAUGUACAGCCGCAUCUACCAGGAGGCGCGCAAGCAGCACCGCGCCAUCAGCCGCACGCCGAGCACCAUCAACUUCCACAGCACCGACUGCGCCGUGCCGCUGGACGACAUCACAGAGGAGGAGCUCACCCUGGCGCUCUCCGCGCUCAACAACAUCCGCGACGACCCGACGGGCGGCACCGGCGGUACCGGCGGUGGCGGUGGUAAUUCGCCCUCCACUAACGGCGCGACGCCGUCGGGCGGGGCGCGCGCGCCCACGCACCCACCGCCGCGCCUCCUGCACAAGAAGGCGUCCAGCGUGUCCUUCUUCAGCGAGUCGGCCACGUCUGACCUGCGCAAGUCGUCCAACACGUCGCGCCUGUGUCGGCUGCGCUACUCCACCAGCCACAUGCUGCGCGAGCACAAGGCGGCCAAAACGCUGGGCGUCAUCAUGGGCUGUUUUGUGCUGUGCUGGCUGCCGUUUUUUACCUGGUACGCGGCGGCGACUCUGUGCGGCUCUGCGUGCUCCGUGCCGCCGGUGCUGGUUGAUGUACUGUUUUGGAUCGGCUAUCUGAACUCCACACUGAACCCGAUGAUAUACGCGUACUUCAACACCGAGUUCAGGGACGCAUUUCGCGAGACUCUGACGCUGGUGCUGUGCUGUCGGUCAGUGAGGCCGAGCGGGUCGUACGAGGCGCGGAACGGGUCGCACCCGACGCGUGCCGACCGAGCCAGUGGCAGUGGCGGAGCUGGGGGAGGAGGAAGUUCGGGUGGCGGUGGCGGAACCUCCACGGACCGCCCUCUCGAGCUGGUCGUUGCCUCAUGAUGGGGCUGCUAGUGGGGCAGACGUCCGCCCGGUUUCAUGUCGUUGGGCUCGUUGUCGGAGCCGAAUUUUAUAAGCAUCGCCACAAUGAGACCACUGGCUGACUUUGGUCAGAGACAGAGAGUGAGUCUUUCGAUGGCAAUGUCGAAGAGAGCUUAGUGCCCUGGAGACCUGACAAUGAAAAGGACGCUUAUCGAACUCCCGGCGCUGUUAGGAACGGGUAGCGAAGGCUGAUGGAGCUGUAAACGUGAGACUAUUUUUACAUUGCUGGCGGUAACGAGCGAGUGAAAUCUGUUAUCUGUUUCGCGUCGCGCCCGGUCGGCGCGCAGUGCACCCAGCGGAGUCAUUGGCGUCGCUGUGCCGUGCUAUCUGUCGAACCCACCCACCGGCCCCCGCAUGGCGGACCCAUCAGAUACCUGCAACCGAGCUCUACAUAUGUAUUGAUUUUCAUACUGUAAGUGAAACGGUAUCUAGCAGACCGGCCAUUGUCGCGGCCAUUACCGGCCAUAUGCAUGAAAAUGAUGGUCAAAGUACUGCCGUUUGCUAUCAUAUGAGCAUCAACACUGGCAUUGCCCUUCAGUCCACAUCAAUUUUGCAGACAAGACCCAACACCCCCUCCUAAACGGCCAUAACAGGCUGCCAAGUUGUUUUCGUGUUCUGGUGCACCCGUAGUAGGUCCUCUCAUCUACCUCCUGUGUUCCUGAAGUCCUAUGUGACUGCUCCCUAAGGGCCUAGUGGCAUGUGUGCCACGAUCACUGACCAAAUGAUCUCGCAUCCUAUACCAAGUCCGUCCGUCCGCGAUCAACCUAGAAGGCGCGUGCGCACGAAGAGAGAGAGAGAGAGAGAGAGAGAGAGAGAGAGAGAGAGAGAGAGAGAGAGAGAGAGAGAGAGAGAGAGAGAGAGAGAGAGAGAGAGAGAGAGAGAGAGAGAGAGAGAGAGAGAGGGAGAGAGUCUUGAGUAUAUGUGCUAGAUGAGGGGUUAGUGUCCAAGCGAUCACUGACCGUCGAUCCCAUGCCACCGCACCACCAGCGCUGUUCCAUGACAUGGUCACGAGUGAGCGAACCUCAAACCAAAUCCCUUUAUACGAGUGUUGUGGCUGCGGGAGCACUGCGGUCAUGCACACGGCGAGAUGAUAUAAGCGAUUAUGUGUGUACGUAAUCCGUACUGGAUAUAUCAGACGAUUACGCUUGUUGAUACAGAUGUUAAAUUAUGUCAUAUGUUGUAUGUAAUGUGACCAAAUAAAACUGACGAAG